AUCGCGUUUAUUAUCAGCGCUCUUGAGAUAACUGACUAAAGUACAAUGUUUCACGAAUUAAAUAGAACAUCGGAGACGUGUCAAGUGAUUUGAAGACAGUUAUUCUACGAAAAAUAGAUAAUUAUCGAAAAACCGAUUGAAAAACAAUUGAAGAUAUUUAUAUUAUAGCCUAGUGUUUUUGUGUUGGGUGACAAUUAUCUAUUCUGAAAGGUGUUAGAAAACAGCCUAGUUAUGUUCUCGAUAGAGUACAGCAAACAAUUUUUGAGUUACCGUAUUCUCAAGUCAAAUCGGUUCAAAUACAUCUGACGAUACGGACUCGGACUGUGUUUGUUUAUUAAAAAUUAAGAGAUUGUUUUAGUGAAAGUUAGAUAUUUUUAUAGUAAAAAUACUACUGGGUUAUAUUUUAACAAGACCUGGAACGUCUUGAUUUAAUAAGCUCGUCUAAUAAGCUCCCUAUUUUCCUUUUAGUGAAUUCGGUUAAUUUGGAAAAGUGAAAUAUUUCUGUAUUUUUGAGGUUUUCUUUUUUAAAUUGGGUCGCGUUGUGUAUCGAAGGAGAAAUUUUAAGGGUAGAAACAAAAAUAAAUUUGAAUUAAAGAUCAAUUUUAGGAAAUUCCAUUUAUUUCUAUAUUCGGCCGGAAAGGCGUCUCUUUGAGUUUUGGUUGAAAUACGGCUGGAACCUGGAAUUGCUUGGUGCAACUUUUGGAGAGGGUUCCACGAGUUACUUGAAAGGGAAAGGCGAAAAAAAACCUGAGGAAACUAGGCCAUUUGGGGAUAAUUUUAUCGAUUUUUGAAUUCGGGCUGAAAGGCGCGUUUUUGAGUUUUUGUUAGAAAACGACUGGAUCCUGGAAUUCAAAGCUAUAGCUUCUGGGGAGGGGCUCGCUAAUUACGUGGAAUAGACCGGAAAAAAAUCCGGAUGAAAAACCUUUAAAUUUUGAUAAAUUCUGAUAAUUUUUAUUUCCGCCAAAGAAGGCGUUUCCAUUAAUUUUGACUAAAUUUGAAUCAAACCAUAAAAAAAUCACUAAACUAAACACUCAGUCAUCUGUAUCGAUCAUCAGGGCUCGAAAUUAAGAAGGUCCAACUUCAACGGACCAGAAAAUCUGAUCAUUGCUAUAAACCACAUCUUGAAAAAUACUUAAAAUUUACUAAAAUGAUUGUUUACGUGCCGGGUAGAAUGCCAAAUCAAGUAAAUCAGUACGGAGCGGCUCGAUAUCCGGGUUUGCUAGCAUCGCCUGGUUACUACAGCCCAGUAUCCAGCUUCUAUCAUCAUCAGCAGGCAAAUACCCAGGGCUAUCAACCAACGAGUCCGUUUUACCACGUGGAUUUGCCCAGCUGGCCCUACAGAAUGCUCGCGGAAGAUGAUUUGAAUGCGUCACCAACUGGUACCACCACGUUGGGAGCCUCACCAACGAGCCUAGUCUCAGCUGGACCUGCUAGUCCAGCUCACAGUGAUUCAGAUGCAUCCAACUCUAGCUUGGAGCUCGGCUCCGUAAGACGAGGCGAGAAUGCUCAACUUAAAUGCAGAUGGUUGAAUUGCGGAAGAUGGUUCGCAUCAUUGGAACAGUUGGCGGGACAUGUGGGGAGAUUACAUUCAGCACCUGGAUCACGAGGAUUGUUUUAUUGUGGUUGGGAAGGAUGUCCACGGGGUGAAAGAGGAUUCAAUGCUAGGUACAAAAUGCUGGUUCAUGUACGAACACAUACAAACGAGAAACCACACCAUUGUUUCCAGUGCGACAAGAGUUUCAGCCGAGCAGAAAACCUAAAAAUCCAUGCCCGAUCUCAUACUGGCGAGCGACCUUACGCCUGUCCCGUCGAGGGCUGUAAGAAGGCCUACUCCAACUCAUCAGACCGGUUCAAGCAUACGCGCACGCACUCCGUAGACAAGCCUUACUGCUGCAAGGUUCCAGGAUGCCCGAAAAGGUACACGGACCCUUCGUCAUUACGCAAGCACGUCAAAACCUACAGGCACUACGUCAAUAACAACAACAACAACAAGCAGCAGAAGCAUUUCGGUGACGAAAAGCUUUCAAGCUAUGAAGUUACGCCUGAAAAGGUCUCCAGCGAGUCUGAUAAGAAGAACUCGAGUCUAGAAAGCACGUCCUCGAGCCCUAGUCAGGGAACCAAUAGCUUCGAGGAGCAGCGCAAGUUAGUCGAGUGGAAAAAUACCUACAACCUUCAUUUACAAGAGCUUCCAAUGAAACCUACGCCCAGUGAGGACUCACAAGUGACCCCACCCAAGAACUUUGAGGUUAUCAGCACGUACCCUCGGAUCUUUGACGAAUUCCGUACACCUGAGCGACUCCAGUGUCCCAGCUACGCCAGUCCCCUCGCAUUCCGGGACUCUUCGCCCUGCCAGGACCUGCUGGGACACAAGACCUCGCUCCCACGUAUGAUGCAGUCGACGCCCAUAAAAGAGGAAGAGGGACUCAAGGUCGCGACUGUCGACUACCGGAAUAUCGAGUCUAUAGUCAACACCCCGGCAAAGAAGGAACCAAUUCGGCAUUCUGUGAUCAAGAGGGUUGAGAAAAUGGACGUCGACAUCCCCGAAAGCGCCAAAAAGGACGAGUGCUGCUGUCGCCACAAGUGCUGUGUCCACAGCGAGCAUUUGCUAGAGAAGACCAAAAUCCUCUCGGACCUCAUCAUGAAGACGCAGAACCCGAUCUUCAGGCAGCUUCUGGGCCAGGUCGAUUUGAAGUACGAGCUACAGAGCAUGUGGAGCAAUUUGGGACUCAGGGAUGGAAGGGAGGCCCAAAUAGACGCCAAGGGAGAGGAAGCACAAGAGCUUCCGCUUGAUUUGACUGUUAAUAAGUGAUUUAUGGUUAUUUUAUGAGUUAGUUAACAGAGCCAAAUAUUGUUGUUUUAUAUUUUAUUUUUAAUGGUCCUUUGAUAGGGUGGCGCCCAUCGGUGCCUUAUUUUUACUCAUUUUCAUCUUUUAUGUCGUAUUUGAGAGCUGUAAAAUGUAUCUUGAGUCGUUUGAUGACGAUUCUAGGUCUGGAGAAAUUACUAGAGCGCGAUUUUUAUUUUGAAUUUUGGCGCCAAUUUAAGAAAAAAUGUUUUUGUUAUGAAAAAUUUGUAUUUUUGUUCUUAAAAAGAUAUUCUAGAAGUUUUGGAUUAAUUUAUGCUUAAGAAAAAAGUUAUGACUGUUUUUGUUAAAAAUUUGAGGGCAUAUAUGCCCAGAAGUAUCCGGGCCACUAAAUUUGGAGAAAAAUCAUUUUUUUAAUGCCAUGGGAAAAUUAUUACAGCAUUCUAGAACUUAUAGACUACACACCUCUGGAAUUCUGAACAAAUCUGGGCCUUAUAAAAAAAGUUAUGAAUGUUUUUGUUAAAAUUUUAGGGGCAUUUAUACCCCAGAAGUCUUUGGGCGGCUGAAUGUAAAAAAAAAAAAAAAAAAAAAAAAACAAUUGUUUAUGCCAUAGAAAAUUUUUUUCGAUAUUCUAGAGUCUAUAGACUACAGACCUUUCAAAUUCUUAAUGAAUCUGAGCCUUAAAACAAAAAUUAUCCGUGUUUUUGUUACGACAAAGGACAUAUAUGCCCCAAAAGUUUUUUGACGGCUAAAUUUGUAGAAAAAAAAAUUUUCGCAUGGCAUAAAACAAUUUUUUUAACAAUGAGGAACUUAUAAACUACAUGUUCUAUAAAUUCUAAACCAAUCUGAGAGUUAAAAAAAAACUUAUCUGUAUUUUUGUUAAAAAUUAGGGGCAUAUUUGCCCCGAAGUCUUCCAAACGCUAAAUUUAUAAAAAAAAAAAAAAAAAAUAUUUUACGUCGUAGAAAAUAUUAUUCGAGCAUUUUAGAACUCCUAAACCAUAUGUUUAUCAAAUUCUAAACAAAUCUGAGCCUCAACUACAUCUCAAAUGUUCAAAAUUUCGACCCCAUUUAAAUUUCCCGCGAAAAAUAACAUCCAUUUUGAAUUCCCGCCAUCUUACCAACUCUUCCUCAUCUCUAACUCGUCUUUCCUAUGCACCAACAAAAAAAUAACCAAAUCAAAGGACUUAAUAAAAUUUUCGUGUGUUUAUUUAUCCGGAGGUCUAGCUGGCCUAGGUCUUCAUUGCCGAGAUCGUUAUCAACCCGAUGAUCUCCGCAACGAUCACCUCUAAUUUCCGGUCUUUUUCCACUUAAUUCCUAACCCUCUCCUAAUAAUUAUUUAAAUAUUUUUCUAAUUAUUAACUAAUUUUAAUAAAUAAUAAUUAAUAAUUAUUAAUUAUCCAUUUAAUUGUUUUGUUCAGACUGUUAAGCCAAAUAAUAAUUAUUAAUAACCAAUAAUUAAUGUUAGCUAGCAAUUAAUUGCUCAACUGUCGUGCCUCGUUUGUAAAUAAAUCGGAAAAAUUUUUUAAAAAUCAAAACUAAUUUUAAUUAAUUAAUUAAUCAAUUGAUUAAUUUAAUUGUCGA